AUGGGAAAUUAUAAAUCCAGACCCUCUCAGACGUGCACAGAUGAGUGGAAGAAGAAGGUGUGUGAAUCUUACACUGUCAUCAUCGAGAGACUGGAGGAUGAUUUCCAGCUUCAUGAGACACAGAUCGCGGACCUCAACCUUGCCUUUAGCUCCGAUGAGGCAUUUCAGAAGGUGAACUUGAACUACAGAACAGACAAGGGGCUGUCGCUGCUCCAUCUCUGCUGUGUCUGUGGAGGAAAUAAAGGACAUCUUAGGACCUUGCUCCUCAAAGGCCUGCGUCCCACACGACUGUCUAAAAACGGCUUCACCGCUCUUCAUUUAGCGGCUUACAAGUCAGCUGUCGCUCUGCAGGACAACGCUGAGGUGGUGACCGCGCUGCUUCAUGGGGGGGCAGAUGUGCAGCAGGUGGGCUACGGGGCUCUGACUGCUCUGCACGUGGCCACAUUAGCUGGGCACCAUGAGGCGGCGGAUAUCCUCCUACAACAUGGAGCAUUUGUGAAUGUCCAAGAUGCUGUGUUUUUCACCCCACUUCACAUCGCUGCAUACAGUGGCCAUGAGCAGGUGUCAAGACUGUUGUUAAAGUUCAGCGCGGAUGUGAACGCCGCUGGAGAAGUCGGGGACCGGCCUCUGCAUCUGGCUGCAGCAAGGGGCUACCUCAGCAUCUGCAAACUUCUUAUGUCUGAGAAAAGCAAGGCGAAUGUAAACGCGCAGGACAAUGAGGAUCACGUCCCUCUUCACUUCUGUGCCAGAUUCGGUCAUGACCAAAUCCUGCAGUAUCUUCUGCAGGCCGACUCUGACGUGCAGCCCCAUUCUGUCAACAUUUAUGGGGACACGCCAUUACACUUGGCUUGUUAUAAUGGAAAGUUUACAGCUGUGAAGGAGCUCGUCCAAUUUUCGGGAACAGACAGCAUUCCUAAAGAAAACAUUUUCAGCGAGACGGCACUUCACAGUGCUUGCACAUAUGGAAAAGACCUGGAGAUGGUCAAGUUUCUUUUGGAUCAAAAUGCGAUGAGCAUCAACCACCAAGGCCGAGACGGACACACUGCUCUCCACAGUGCCUGCUUUCACGGUCACAUUCGCUUGGUGCAGUUCCUCUUAGAUAGCGGGGCCGACAUGAACCUUGUGGCCUGUGACCCCAGUCGAUCCAGUGGAGAGAAGGAUGAACAGACCUGCCUGAUGUGGGCUUAUGAAAAAGGUCAUGAUGCUAUCGUGACUCUGCUAAAACACUACAAACGACCUGAUGAUUCCCCGUGCAAUGAGUACUCUCAGCCAGGAGGGGAUGGAUCUUAUGUUUCUGUGCCUUCUCCUCUGGGAAAGAUCAAAAGCAUGACUAAAGAGAAAGCCGAGGUUCUUCUGCUCAGGGCUACGCUACCAUCUCAUUUCCAGCUACAACUUUCUGACCUGGAAUUUAAUGAAAUAAUUGGAUCAGGUUCCUUUGGAAGGGUUUAUAAAGGCAAAUGCAGAAACAAAGUUGUUGCAAUCAAACGGUAUCGAGCCAACACAUACUGCUCUAAGUCAGAUGUGGACAUGUUCUGCAGAGAGGUGUCCAUUCUGUGCCGCCUCAACCACCCCUGCAUCAUCCACUUUGUGGGCGCCUGUCUAGACGACCCCAGUCAGUUUGCUAUUGUCACUCAGUACAUCUCUGGAGGCUCCCUCUUCUCCCUGCUGCAUGAACAGAAGAGGCUCAUAGACCUGCAGUCCAAGCUCAUCAUCGCGAUCGAUGUGGCCAAAGGCAUGGAAUAUCUCCACAACCUGACCCAGCCCAUCAUCCACCGGGACCUCAACAGCCACAACAUCCUGCUCUAUGAGGAUGGCCAUGCGGUGGUGGCGGACUUUGGAGAAUCUAGGUUCCUUCAGUCUGUGGAUGAGGACAACAUGACAAAGCAGCCAGGGAAUCUGCGCUGGAUGGCUCCGGAGGUCUUCACACAGUGCACCCGUUACUCGGUGAAAGCAGACAUGUUCAGCUAUGCACUGUGUCUGUGGGAGCUGCUCACCGGAGAAGUCCCAUUCGCACAUUUGAAACCUGCUGCAGCAGCCGCAGACAUGGCCUAUCACCAUAUUCGCCCUCCGAUCGGUUAUUCCAUCCCCAAACCCAUCUCUGCCCUUCUGAUGAGAGGCUGGAACAACUGCCCAGAGGACAGGCCUCAGUUCUCUGAAGUCGUGUCGAACUUGGAGGAAUGUCUUUCUAAUAUUGAGCUGAUGUCGCCCUCCUCCAGUAACAGCAGCGGCUCCCUGUCCCCCUCCUCUUCCUUCGACUGCCUGGGGGCUCGUGGGGGUCCCGGCCGGAGUCAUGUGGCUGCUCUCCGCUCCCGCUUUGAGCUGGAGUACGCACUUAACACGCGCGCCUACGCCUUCUGGUCCCAGAGUGAGCAGCGGCGGGCUUCAGGAGGCCUUUCACUGGAGGAGCUGCGGCGGAACAUGCAGUUCUCACCCGUCGAUCGCAACGGUUAUGUGUCGGAUCCCAUGAGCACCAUGCGGUUCUCGUCCCACUUCAGCAGCAACGGCAGCUUUGAGGACAGCAGCUAA